AUGUGUGGUGAAGGCUUAGUUGAUUCAAAUGGUUCAAAUUAUUUAGAUAGUUUAGAUGAUGUUCUUGAUAUAACAGGUAUUUUAGUGCUGCUUCUAUCUGGUGAUGGUAGUGGUGAGAGCUGUUUUGAAAACGACGAAAAUAGCGCUAAUGUUGAUGAUAGAGAUUGUUCUGAGGUUGGUACUGUUGCUGUUUUUGCCGUAGCUGCUGCUGCAGUUCCUGAGUAUGCUUUUAAGAUUUUCCCUGGACGGUACUGUGAUCAGUGGAAUAGUAUUGAAGGCUUAUAUAGUAGUAUUGUUUGGUUGGAAAGGAACAUCAGCACCAGCAGUUUGUUUUUGCACCUGUUACCGAAAACAAAUGUCCCGCUUGAUAAUGCGCAACAUUCUGUAGACGCUAGGUUGGAUAUAUGGAUGGUUGAGUGGAUGUAUAGACGAACGAGUAUACGGGUGGAUGGAUAG